AACGUCUCCCAGUGGGAGACGUUGGAUGUACCCAUAAAUCACUACCAGCCUAUUUCCAACGUCUUCCACUAUUUUUAAUGUCUUCCAAUUGUAACCAUUAAUAUGCACUUUCAAUGUCUUACACCAUUAGCCAUUUAAAAUCCCUUCUAAUUUUUAAUGUCUUACACCAAUGGUGUAAGACAUUGUAGGGAGUCAUUGAAAGUAGAAUUUGUUGUAGUGAUGGUGCCCUUCAAACCAUAAUUUUGUUGGUUUGUUAUGUUAAUAUUUGUCUUACCCUUUUGUUGAUUCUUUCCAUUUAUACACUUUUUAUCUAUUAAAAGUAAGAAAAUAAACAAUCUUGAAAAAAAAGGCUUUUUUGCCUAUAUAUAUAAAUGCUAUAUUGUUCAAUGCUUUUGGGAUUGAUAAGGGUAAUAAUAUUGUUAGAUUAAAUAUCAUCAUCUGGGAAUGGAGGGAGCCAAAGCUAGGAGCAAGUUCACUAGGAUUUGUGUCUUUUGUGGAAGCAACUUUGGUCACAGGAAAGUCUUCAGUGAUGCUGUUCUUGAAUUGGGAAAUGAAAUUGUGGAGAGGAAGAUAAAUUUGGUGUAUGGGGGAGGAAGUGUUGGGUUGAUGGGUUUGAUAUCUAGGACAGUGUAUGCUGGAGAUUGUCAUGUUCUUCGGGUCAUUCCUAAAGCUCUCAUGCCUCAUGAGAUAUCUGGUGAAACUGUUGGAGAAGUAAGAACUGUUUUGGACAUGCAUGAGCGAAAAGCUGCAAUGGCUCAAGAAGCUGAUGCGUUUAUUGCUCUACUUGGAGGAUAUGGAACAAUGGAGGAGUUGUUGGAGAUGAUAACAUGGGCCCAGCUUUGGAUUCACAAGAAACCGGUUGGUUUGCUAAAUGUAGAUGGGUAUUACAAUUCUUUGCUAGCACUAUUUGACAAUGGUUUUGAAGAGGGAUUCAUCAAGCCAGGUGCUCGGGAAAUCGUUGUCUCUGCUCCAAUAGCCAAAGAACUCAUGAUAAAGAUGGAGGUAGUUUCAGCUGUAUAAAACUUUCUUUUUGUUUGUUUUAAUGACAGAAAUGUUCCUUCUGUAAAAAGAA